UUUGCUAUUAUUUUUGUUUUAAUCGUCGUGGAACAAUUUUUCGAAACUCACUUUGAUCCGCAGCGACGAAUGAUUCGGCAACGAAAAAAAAUUGCCAACUUUUCGCAACUUUUGCAUCGCUUUCGCGCGCAUGCACACACACGCGCGCGUGCACGCGUGAGAAACAUGUAUAUCUCUCUCUCUAGCAGUUUAAUACGGUUUCUAUCUGGCUAAACUCAACUCGUAGAUCAACGUUAUUGCCGGUCGACAAGUUUGACUGAAAUAAGCGAAUUGGAUUGGCGAGUGCCAGCCAAUUUUCGCGAUCGUGCAAGAUUUCGCGAAAGAAACGCCAAGCCCGUAUUAAUUUUGGUUUGAAACGUGCACCUUACGAUCGCAUUGCUCGAAAGCUUCCGUGAAGUUGAGCUAUUAUGUCGUGGGGAAUUUACAUUCCACAUAUCGAACGUUGCUCAAAUGUCGUUCCAAUUGUAUAAACGUAUUCGUUCGUUGGACACUUGAUUCCGAAGUCAGAUUGCCUUUUGCAUAUUUAAACCGAUCGCGACCGAUUUAAACUACGGCUUUUCGGUAUAUCAGAAUUGUGGAUUCACGUUAAAACGCUGGUACCGUUUGACAAAACGAACAAAGAGGCGCAGUGGGAGAGGAGUAGGAGUAGGAGAGGAGAAUUGAUUCGGCAGCGAUACUAAACUGAUCUGACUUGCAGAGGGUAUCCUGGACGACAUGAACUCGAGCGGAGAGUCCGGCGGAACGAUGUCGGACGAUUACGAAGUCGGAGGCUGCAGCGUCCCGGAAGAGGAGACGGGCUCGAAUCUGCCGACCUGGGAGGCGGUGGCGGCCACGCUGACCCUGGGCUUCCUCGUGCUGGCGACGGUGUUCGGUAAUGCGCUGGUGAUCCUGAGCGUGUUCACGUACCGGCCGCUUCGGAUCGUCCAGAACUUCUUCAUCGUCUCGCUGGCGGUGGCGGACCUCGCGGUGGCGAUCCUCGUGAUGCCGUUCAACGUAGCCUACCUGCUGCUAGGCAAGUGGAUCUUCGGUAUCCACCUGUGCAAGCUGUGGCUGACAUGCGACGUGCUCUGCUGCACCGCCAGUAUCCUCAAUUUGUGCGCCAUCGCGCUGGACCGUUACUGGGCGAUCACCGAUCCGAUCAAUUACGCUCAGAAACGCACCCUCAAGCGUGUCCUCGGGACGAUCGCCGGCGUGUGGAUUCUCUCGGGUGCGAUCAGCUCGCCGCCGCUCGCCGGUUGGAACGACUGGCCGGAGGAACUGGAGCCAGGCACGCCCUGCCAGCUGACCAGACGGCAGGGCUACGUCAUAUACUCGUCCCUGGGCUCCUUCUUCAUACCGUUACUAUUGAUGAGCCUGGUUUACCUGGAGAUCUUCCUGGCGACGCGCAGGAGGCUGCGGGAACGGGCCCGACAGAGCAGGCUGGGCCCGGUGCAGUCGACCAGGCACCGCGAGACCGACGACGCCGAGGAGUCGGUCAGCUCGGAGACGAAUCACAAUGAGCGCUCGACGCCCCGUCUGCAGGCGAAGCCGUCGCUGAUCGACGACGAGCCGACCGAGGUGACGAUAGGCGACGCCGAUCGUCGCACGACCGCGUCGACCAGACGGGGUGCCGGCGCCGGCGACGCCCUUCCCGCCACCUCGACCACCGUCUACCAGUUCAUCGAGGAGCGACAGCGGAUCUCCUUGUCCAAGGAGAGACGCGCGGCGAGGACCCUGGGCGUCAUCAUGGGCGUCUUCGUCGUCUGCUGGCUGCCGUUCUUCCUCAUGUACGUUAUCGUGCCGUUCUGCCCGGCCUGCUGCCCGUCCGACAGGAUGGUGUACUUCAUCACCUGGCUCGGCUACGUCAACAGCGCUCUCAACCCCCUCAUCUACACCAUCUUCAAUCUCGACUAUAGAAGGGCGUUUAGGCGGCUGCUGCGAAUCCGUUGAGUCCUCGCGAGCCCGUCUCGCGGCUUUCGGCGGACGAGGGGGAUCCUCGUCGUCAUUCCGUUUCGGCGUCCGGCCGUCCGCGUCCCUCUCGCCGAUCGCGAUCGGGACGUAACCAGCCUCUGCGCCACGACUUCUAUACUCGCGGGAUUAUCCGUCUGCUAGCCAACGGGAGUCGUUAAGUAAGUUCUUCGUCCAGGGGGAAAAGCGCGUCGCUCGUCGUGUCGCGCCGGGAUGCCGAUACGCCGGUAAUUAACGGCAACUUGUAGACGCCUCGCUCACCCCGUUCGCUCGUUCGCGCGCAGCUCGUUAUGUUCGCGCGGCGCAAAACUUGACGCAGUCAGCACAGAGACGGCGAUGACGGCGGCGACGACAAGCUACGAAACGGCGAAGCGUCGCCGAGCGAGAACUCCAGCGCAAGUAAGUUACCAAAUUCGCAGGAUUAUUACCGUUUUACGCCAAGUUACGAACCAACCCUACGAAACUCGAUAAUUUAUUUUCGACUACCGCGUUUAAUUAAGAUAUCGAUCCCGUUAGCGCGGGCGAUUCGUGUCUCUACCCGACGUGUAGCGGUGAAGAAAGGGCGGCCGUAAUUUUCCCUACCGAAGGAACAAUAACGCAAUAACGCACUGCGCUGCUCGCGUCGAAGGGGAGAAAGAAGCGUGCGUCAAGUUUCGUUGAUUAAAAGUCAAUUCGGCGCAAAAAUGACUGAGGGAAUCGGUAGACUCGAUCCACCCCCCCCCCCUCUCUGACGCUCGGUCCUUAAAUCAAACGUUUACAAAGUUUCCGAAUUAUAUCACGCGACUUUAAAGGUAGAUUCUUUUUUGCGAAACGAAGACUCGAGCGACGUAAGAAUCUUGAAAAUUUCCUUCAACUGGUAUAACGGAUUGCCGCGGCUCCGAGAGAGCCCGAAGAGCGAUGUGCACUUACCGUCGGAACUUGCCUGAAAAUUUAUCAGGGAUCCCGGGAAGACGUUGCGAAAAUGGAUACGGUAUCGCCCGGCGAGGUGUGCGCGUCGCAAUCAAGAUUGGCAGCCGGCCCGGCGCUAAUCCGCCCCUGAAGAGCUUUCAAGGGCGAGAGUUGAAGGGAAACUUUCUCGCGGGAGUGAUAAGGGAAAUUAUGCUUCCUGUGUUGGUCGGCGACCGCCUUCCCCGAAUAUCAUUAUGCAAAGCUACGUCAGCUCCGAAUGAAUUUUCCCUCCUCCCGCGGUUUUCGAUGAUCAAUCUAGUUGCGCUGGAGGAUGAUUAAUGAUAGAAUUUGGCGCGCGCGAGCGUGUGAAUGCGAUUUAUCGCUAGAUCAAUAAUGCUCGAUACCGGAUUGUAAUGGAAUCGGGGUCAUCGGAGGGGGGGGGGAGUCUCGAGAGAAGCCGCCGUCGUUCCUUUCCUCGUCGCGCGCACAGUUUCCGUCUCCCGGGCCGCAAAGCGAGAAAGAGCGAACAAGAUGUGUCUCCGUAGAACGUCGAGUAACUGUCUGUCGGUUCGGCGAACGCGCAUCGCGCACGGCGACAGAAAGGAACGUGCUUUUCUUCCACCAACGACAACGGAGAAAUGAUCGUGCGUGCGGUGUUUUUCUUUUUCUUUUUUUUUCUUUUUAGGUUUUAGACACGGUAGACGUGCGUACGUCCACCGAACGUUAACAAUUGCAAGUAUUACGGUUGUGAAUAAUUAAUACUAGCUAAGCCCAUGGAGCCCCGCGAUCGCGGGGGCCACGUAGCGUAAGGAGAGCAGCGUAAGGCUGAUGGCAGAGAACGAUCCGUGAACGCUUAAAACUGUAGCCACGAUAUCAUACGUGUUAUUAGCAUGCUCACUCUAUCAUUCGUUUCGCUUUGCGUCGAUCCUUUCUGCGCGUCCGACAUCUCGUUGGUCCAGCCAACGAGAGAGAAGUCGUGUGUGUAGCAGCGUAGCUCUGAUACGCUUGACCACGCCAUACAGCUACAGUACGUACACACCACAGACUUCUACCCAGUUGGCGAAAUGUUAGCAGAUUGGCGUCAGAACAGUGCUGUCAAUAGAUUGUCGGCAGAAUCCGAACAGGUCCAAUUAAGUUAGUAGAUUUUGUUGUACUUCUGCUGACAUGCUAGACACAUAGACGUGCGCACGCUGUUUCAUUUACCCUACAAGAUAUGGCGGUGCUCUUGCCUCCCUUUUCUGCUCGAAGGUAGCAGUCUGGUAGUAUAUAGAAGUCUCUGGUACACACACACACAUACGCCGCUGGGUUUGGACCAUUGACAUGGCGGAAUACCACGUGAUCGGGAGCGAAAAGACCAAAGGGCCGAGUGAACAUUCUAUGACGAUACUAUUUUUCAUACUGGACUGUUUACCAGAGCCAAUAUGGGUGCAGGGUUGUUCUUGGGACACCCCUUCGAUUGGGCUCAACUUUUGCAGAUGAUAUUGUCACGAUAUCUAAAGAUUGUUUAUCAAGGUCCUAUCCUCGGGUUAUCUAUAGUUUUCUAGGUUCUUGCCUCACACGGGUAAAACGCUCAUAAACAUUAAACCAACUGAAUUGACAACUUUAGUAUUUUCCUGACCAUAUCUGACAUUUUUAAUAAUACAGAAAAUACAGAAGCUGGGGACUCCCCUACACUCUAGGGGGCGUCUCGCCAAUUCGACCACUUGGGCAAAUUUUCUUAUCAGCUAACGAAAUUAAGCCGAACUAAACUGAAGUAAUUGUUGAUCUGGGCAGUUUUUUUUAUAAUAGUUGUCUCUAUUCGAUUUAAUCCCUUUUGGAUGCAGAGUUUUCGAUCAGGUGACUCGGGGCUAAAUCCCGAUUGGCUCUCGUAAGCAAUCCAGUGGGGAAAAACAGUAUCGCGUGCCGUAGGCUUUAGCAGACGUUAAGGCAAGGCGGGGAAAAACGCAAGUCGUAUACAAUAUUUUCCUUUCACGACUUACGUUCCUCACCGCCCUGCCUUGCGUCUACGGUUAAGACAAUCUUAAGCGUUUACAGAUCGCUCUCUGCCUAAUCAGCCUAACAUUCGUUCAGUCACCACCGAGGCGGCCGUUUAUUCAGGGCGUAACGUUAACAACGCCGGGCCGCGAAAUCUCUGCGGUUUCGCGGCGCGGCGCGGCGCAUAAAGUCACACUUUAAACCGCCUCCCGACGUAUUCACGUUGACACGCGAUUAUAUCGUCACGUACCGCUACAAAAGUUUCCCGGAAUCACCGCUAUUUAUUAUAAUGACGGCUCUCUUAGCUUAUUAAUAGCCGGUUUUUCCUCAGAACCCCGGACGGCGGGCCGUCGUUCGCUCCAACUUUUUAAUAUCCAACUUUCGCGACCCUAAUGGCCGCGUCAUGAUUUACACAAUUCUUCAUCUCGACUCGUCGUCCAAACAUUCAUUUAUAUCCACCGCGAGUCGCAACUUUUCGCUGACAAACUUUCGCCGUUGCGCGGCGAGUAUCGAACGGGGACUAUAUGUAUUUCAUUGAAAAUUCUUGAGGCGGACACGCGGGAUCGGAAAUGAUUCCCCGAUUGUCGAGACUUUUCGCUAUUAAGAGUGGCUUUCGGAGGAGUUUACGGGUCUCAAGUGAAUAUCCCAUUCUCGCGUCUCUCCCUCUGUCGCCGGUCAAUGAGGCCACGCGUCGGUGAUUACGGGAUACCGGAUAGAUCCGCGUACACGCACACACGUACACGCACACACGUCACGCCCACACACACUCACACACACACACACACACACACACACACACACGUACAUUCAUAUAUACGCGAAGUACUAUUUAUAUGACCACAAUACAAUUUAAAGUAUCUCUAAGGGUAAAAACGAGGGAACAGGCGACGAGAAAUCCGCCAUCUCCUCGAGUGCCGCGCCAAACGGACGGAUUGAGGUGAGCUUCUAGGUCGGAAGGGCGAGGAAAAACUAGAUCGCGGACGAUCGUACGACUCGGUGGUAAGCUCGUCACCAGGGCACUCUAUAAUAAGGUUGUGAUAAGGUUGUGAGAACACGUUCGUAGCCGUGCUACGAGCGACAUAAGAUUUUUAAUUACUAGGAUAGGGAACAUUUCUUUACUCGAGUUAUACUCUUCGAUGCAGCGUUGCCUCCUACCCAAGAGAUGGAGAAAGGGAGCGAAAGAAAGAGGGCCGACGCUACCGGACUCUCCGGUCGUUUUUAAAUAGUAGAUAUAGUGCAUCGUGCAGCUUCUCCCAUUUUUCCCCUCCCCCCCCCCCUCGUAACCUCGCCAAAACGCUACAGGUAGUUCUGAGCCUUCCGGGAUCGCGUUUUCAUCCGAGCCGUCGCAUCAAUUUCCAUUUGCGUGAAAAAAAAGCCCACGCCUUUGCGCAUGCCUAAAACGCCGCGGCGCUCGUUUCGCACCAUUUUUUUUAUUUAGAUGAAAUUCCCGCGGACUUUGGUGCGAGCGCCCGCGUGGAAAUUUAAUCGUUCGAUUCGACUCUCUUGCGAACGCGCGAAUUUCAAGUGCGGGGAAAGUCUUUAAACGGCGUAAAGCCAGCUGAUUAACACCACCGCUGCUCCUUUUUCCUUCUUUUUAUACGUGUAUAUGUGCAAUACGAGAGAAAAUUUGUCACUUGAGCUUGAACGAUCUUUUCCCUUCGUGUUACUUUCGCGAAGAUAUUAAUAAGUGCCAAAAUAACGUAUUUAUCGCGUUUUAAAGGUGAAAACGACAUAAAGUUUAUUAUGGCAUUUUCCUUCCUCCGCACCAUCUCCGAUGUCCCUUCUUCUUGUUGAAAAGGACUCUUCUCACAUUAUCUCGCUGCGUGAGGUAGCGUCGGAUUCUUCGGACACCGGUAUCUUGGGUAGGAAUCUCAAAAUACGUAGUUUAUGAUAUUAUAUUAUAUAUUGUAUAUUAUAUCGCGCAUUAUAUUAAUAUACGUAUCAGCAGUGCGAUUCUCGCACGAGUGUUUCGCGAGUCGGUACGCAGCUCGCUUUCAAAUCUCCUCCCUUGACACGAGUCGAGCGAUCUCGUAUUUUUUUUUAAUAAUAACAGGAUCGUUAAGGAAUGAUUUACCAAAUGAUAUUUUGGGCGCUGCGAAACGAUUCGCGACGCGCGAGAAUUCCGCGUUGUGGAUCGAGCCUGGUCGCUCGAUACAAAGAAUACAGUUCUAGAUACGUAUAAUAAAUAAAAAAAAGAUAUAUAUAUAUAUACACACCUAGUUAAUAAACUGAUACUCGGCUGGUUGUGAUUUACAAGUAUAGCAAUACAGCGAUACUCGUUUUUGUGCGUGGUAGUGUAUUGCCGGCGGAGCUUUCCUCUUUCCCCAGUUCAGAGAAUUAUUUCUCGUACAACGCCAAUUUCUUCCAUGUCCGCGAGUCCAGAAAUAAUUUCUUUCCCCAAAGAAGAUUCAAAACACGAGUACUCUCUCGGCGAGAACGAUGUAAUUCCAUUCCACAGCCGUCGCGAGCCCCCGACGAUAUCUCGUCGCAUACGUUGUCGAUGGUAAAUUUUUUUCUUACUAGUAUCUCAAUAAUAAAAUUAGCAUUUAGUUAUUAACAUUAAUUUUUCACGUAUUCGCAGAGAUAUCGCGAUUUCAUAAGAGCGGAGGACUCGAAUCACGCGCACGCUGUAUAUUUUACGUUUGGAAAAAUACAGGCGACGUACAUAUGCGCGUGUUGCAAAAAGGGAAAUCAUGUGUUGUAUCAUAGGGUGCGACGGGAAACACGACGCCGCGCUCGGGCUCGAGGGAAAUAUUUUCGAAUUCGAACGAAAAUAGAAAAUAGACUGGUUACAAUAUAACCUAGGAUGGCACGGAAACAAAUAAUACCUGGUGCGAUAUAACGUGCCGUUUUAUAAAACGCGUUCAUCGUCGCGAUGUUGGAUUUAGUGAAAAUUGAUGUCAAUUGAAUCGCUACACCGUUCAGCAGACCGUUGUUAUCGUCGUUUCAGCAAGUGCAAAAUUCUACAGAAAUUCUAGAAGGGACUUCCCGGAGGAAUUUUUUUUUCCUCGAGAAAACUAUUCUAACAAUACGUAGGCAAGGCAACUUGUUUGCGCUAUGAAGUUUUAUAAAAUUUAAUUUAUAAAUUAAGCGAAUCGUUAAAUUUGCAGCUUACGUUUCGCAAAGAAAUUUACUAAAAUUUGCUCCUAUAGGAGCGUGGAUUUCAUCUCUUGAAAUGGGCGUAGCGAAAAAAUGCGAAUCAUGUUAAAUAAAAGAUAAAUCUCCCUUUUUGUUACGAGCUCCCGCUCUAUGGAUUCACACACACACAUUUCGAGCGCAGUCGUUGUUUCUACGAGUAUUUCAGCGCGGAAUGGAUGUAACAUUUAUUUGAUCUGCUUGUAAUCUGUCACUUGUGAGAGACAGAUGCGGGAGGCUUGCAACGCAAGCGCGAAGCGAACGGCAAAUUCGUACGUUGCAGCAUUAUACGAAACUCCCGUGUUACAAAACAGGGAAAAAAGAAAUUUCUCCAAAUAACGCAAGUACAGGAAGAAAUCUGGGAGGAGCUCCGCUCGCAUCUCUGGAAUGUGCAAAUCGAAUGAGCGCUCCUGUGAGUCCGCCGCUUGGGUGUGUGCAUGCAAAAUCAAUUAAUGAACAGGACGAACAUACGUGCGUGUAUGCACAGCAAGUGACUGGUAUGCGAGUAAUGAGUGCAUCGAAUCGAAUCGAUGGACGAUUAUGUAUCUAAUUAUGUACCUACGCCGUGAUGAAUGCCGCUGAACGGGGAAACAUUUAUUUCGAUUAACGACAAUUGUAACGGACGCACGGAGUAGCGAAAUCUCUGCGUGAAUGCCGAAUAAAAUCUCGUAGAAAAAAUGUAACGCGCGCGCGCGCGCAUGCGCGAGCCGCGCGAAUUCCAGUCGGCAUUAACGUAACACUCGCGACUUGCGAAUCUCGAUAAUCAAGUUCCGGCCAGAAUUGACGUUGGUAUACGCGAUUGACCGAAUAAUUUUUUAAACCGCAAUUCUUACCGCGCGUUCUUUACUACCGAGGUAUGUGUUACCACUUAAAUUACUACCGGUACGUUAAUUCUUGCAUAGGUGCGUGGUGUGUGGUAAAAAGAGACUCGUCGUUAAUUUAAACAAACAAAUAUUACGCGUGCGUGAGAUGGAUGCACGGAUACCAAUGAAAUAUUGAAAUAAACAAUGUUGUAACGUGUUAUGGAUUUUACGCGAUGUUCACCGUGGAAUUCCUCCAGAAUUUUGUGCGCCUGUUUGUGCGAUCGGAAUAGAAAGAGAAAAAAAAAUAAAAGAAUAUAUAUACAUGU